GGCGGCUGGUCACCGUUGGGAUGGAGGUAAUAUCACCGGAGCCCAAGGACGGCAUGGCGAGAUUGCUUCGAGAAGCUUCUGCCGGCCCGGCAUGGUCCCUCCGACGAGGACAGGGAAUAGCGACCCGUUUGGGCAGCGCAUGUUGAUGUCCAAUCUGGGUCUCGUCGCGAUGAGUCCUCAGUUCUCCAGCUCGGCAAGUGGAGACGUAUGCAGGGAACCGGACCAGGACAGCCGGGACCACGUACCGAACCUAGCGAGGUGCUGCUUCUGGAGUCUGGACCAUGAACAGACGGCCGGCUAACAAAUACGAACAGGCCACGAGAAUCGCCAGCGUCAACGGCGGCGGGGUGUGCGUGGCAUCUCCACGGAACCAGUAAAGGUUGAUAUCGAACAAGUCGGUGUCGGGAUUCUCCAUCAACCCGCCCAUGUCAGGCCAUAGCAGCCGGGCCAAGCAGCAGCAGAGAGGCACACAAGCGGCCACAUGUCGUUCCUCCCGAUCGGGCUCUGUUUAUGCAUGGAAAUGGAAAGGAGGAGCGAGGGCUUCCAUUGCAUAGGGGGGCCCAUCCAUCCAUCCACCCAUCCCGUGCCGUUGGACGACGCAAAUGGAUGGCUCCCACGCUCCCUCCAGCCCGUCUGUGGGUAUCGUCGAGGCGCAGAGGUUCGAAAAGGGAGCUGGAACCCCGCUCGGCUAAUGGCUGCAGCCAUACAGAUCAAAGCCGACCAGAGGCAGCGGCGGCGGGCGAGGGUUGAGCGGCCAUGCAGACAGGUCUGCUGACGUCUGGGUGACGGUGCUAGGAUGCUUUGCAGGCCAUACAAAGCGCUCACCGACCACGCCGGUAAAGACGCUCGAGUGCCACCCGGUCGUCUACCCACUUGGGGAGCCGGCGCGUGGCUGCUGUGCGCAGCAUGUAUGCAACCCCCCUUUCUGAUACUGGGUGGCCUUUGAGAAACUCGCCUGAGGUUUCCAUUUUCAAUGGGAGUUGGAGGGAUCAGGACCAGUGCAUAAGGGGGACUCGACAGAAAGGGACGGCGAAAGGAAAAACAGAAAGAAAGCAAAAUUGAGUUUGGCACUAUCUGCGUCAAAUGUCAGCCUGUCAUGCUCGCCCCGCAAAGCAUCAGAGCCCGCAGAUUUGGGAGAUGCCUGUCUAUAUGCAACUCGCUCCUUAGUCUUAACCUUCGAAAGAAGCUUGGGUGGAGGGUGGAAGGAUAAAAGAAUGGUCGCGUGUGGGGUCGGUGGGCGAGAUGGACCAAUUGGGUGCCAAGUUUGGGUGCGCGGGCCUGGAAUAGGUUGGUCGGUGCAGGUACCGGCCUACCUAAUCAUCCUUCUCUGUAGACCGCCCGCCACUCAAUUCGUGCCCGCAUAUCGCGACCGGGCCUGGCCACCAGCGCCUGGUGGCAGUCAAAACGCUCGAAUGCCCUCUCCCCAUGUCCGCCUGCUUGAAGUGGUAGGUGCCCGUUGAGACGAUGCGACACGCCGAGUCGAAGGGACGGUAGGUCCAUCGUCACGUGUGCAGUCUCGUUUUUUCUUCUUUCUCACACUUACCGUCUGUCCCAUUUUUCUUCCAGGUUGUUCGGACAGGAGGAUAUCCAUGGCAUGGAUUACAUCUCUUUCGUGAGGGGUCCGUUAGUUUGAUUAUUGAUUUGCUCUUCUAUUCUCUCAUUCCCUAUCUUUAUUACUUUAGCACCCACCCUGAUUUCAACCCUCCUCUCUGGGGACCAACUGCCUAAACCUGGCGCAGAAAAAGAGCCAUCGCCUCCACCGGACCCUCCCGAGUCAUCGCCGCCGUUCUCCCAAAAGCCAACCGUUUACAGUCCUGCUGCACCCAACAGUGACGCGUGAGUGUGCGUGUGUCUCCAGCCCGUGUCUCCAGCCCGUGUCUCCAACCAGUGUGUGUCUGAGUGCGUCUGGAGGUGGCCUUGUGUCUGAAGUGUGUGGCCAAGCACCCGGGGAUGGCUGGGUGUGUGGGCAAGCGUGGCGCCCCCGGUGAUGGUGGGUUUCCGGGGUUGGUAUGUGUGGGUGGGUGUGGUGUGUGCCUGUCAAUCCACCGGGCUAAGGUACAGGGCCUCAACCCAACCUGCUUUGGUUUCGUCGCACUCUCUCCCUCCCUCCUAUCUACCAUUUGCCUUGCCUAUGCUACGAACAAGCGGACUCGACGCCAGGGAACCGCAAGACACAAUCGCAGCCCACGGGACAAAAGAAUCGCGGGAGCGAGGCUGACAUAUCAUUUCCUACCCCCGUCUUGCACAGGUAGCGCCCCCACAUCCACGCGCGCCAGGGAUCGCACAGGCCCGCUCGCCCCCAAAGCCGCCGGCCCAAAGUGGGCAAAGUCGAACGAGCCCAAGAGGCCAGCCAGCCAAGCAGCCGGCCAACACUGGUGCUGCCCGCGCAGACAAAGCGACCCGCACAAAAAGCUUCCUGCCUACCACCUACCAACGUGCCGACCUAGGUACACGACACUACACUACUGAUCGUCCAGUCUGCACGAACGAGCCUCCGUCAUCCGCCGUUCCAUCAACAAGUCAAGGAACCGGCCCACCCAGAUCUCGUCCUCGCCCGGGCCCGAGCCUCACCCUCCAUCUGCAGUGCCAAUCUCUUGUCGCCGCCUCUUGCCCUUCGACUGCUGCGCCCGAAUUUCUCUUUUGCCGAGCACCCGCCCCUGCGGCUCUCGUUCGCUCGUUAUCCUGCUGCUGCGCCUUCCAUAAUCCGGCUAACUCGGCCCUCCCACCCUCCUCAUCCUUUGCUUCUGCCUGUCCUCCUCCGGCCGACCAUUCGUCGACAGCGACACCCUUGCGACAUCGACAGGGCAAUCGGCCUUUCAACCUGCUCGACUCAUUCCUCCAGCCUGCCUUCCCAGCCUCCCCCAGCAUACUUGGUUCGGCUUCGUGCCAAGCUGUCAAUCACGGAGAAAAUACUGAACCCUCGUUUUCCCCCGGUCGCGCUGCUGUGUGCUCUUGAGCACCUCUACCAUCCUCCCUAGUACUGGCCCUGGACGACAUACAGUAUACCAUAUAGAUCACCCACAUCUUAGCCUCUUGGCGAAGACGGGCGUCGCGCCAGGCUGCGUCGGCUCAUCAAACAAAGGCUGACACCGAGAGUCUACUGCUGAACGCGCGCGCCGGUUUUGCCCCUCACCUUAUCACACCUACCACCAAAAUAACAAACCGCCCGCAUCGUCUACCUAUUAUUUAUUCCCGCCGACCCGCAAGCCUGGACGCAGCCCACAACUCACCCACGCCAUGGGCAACUCCAGCUCGAAAGAGGGGGGCGGCGGAGGUAGCUCCUCCAGGUCGGCUUCGGGCGACAGGAGCCCGGACGGCCUCCAGUCGUACCCUUCCUUCAGCCGCUCCGAUACCAAAGAGUCCUCACGCUCCUUCCGCUCACUGAGGUCAAAGAUCCCAGGAUCCAGCCGCACCGACAGCCCGCGAAACUCAACCGUCAUGCCCAAUGGCGACUCCAACGACAAGUUUGACGCCGAUGCCAAGAGCAACACCAAGACCGCCCUGACGCGUGCCACCCGUGUCGAUACCAACGUCGACUCCAACUACUCCAUCAUGUCCCCGGCCGGCUCGGUCAUGUCUCAGUUCAACGAGUCCCUGCCGCCCCCCUCCCCGGUUCACUCGUCGGCAAAGUCUGGCGGCGCUCACGACGUGCGCGCCGCCCAGGCCUCCGGGGAGGUCGACCACGUGUCGGACCAGCCGCCCUCGGGCGUUGCCAACCCCGCCACCCAGGGCCAAGGCCCUGGCCAUUCGAUCCUGGUCAAGCGGGACGAUGCGGCUAACCCCAUCAAGUCCGCCGUCGCGUCGCCCAACCUUAAGGACGAUGGCAUAGCCAUGAGCGACAUAAAGGACAUUGAUCUCGACGACUUCAUCAAGCGCCUGCUGGACGCGGCGUACGCGGGCAAGGUAACCAAGAGCGUCUGCCUUCGGAACGCCGAGAUCGCCGCCAUCUGCCACCGCGCGCGCGAGUGCUUCCUCUCCCAGCCCGCGCUUCUAGAGCUCGACGCGCCCGUCAAGAUUGUGGGCGACGUUCAUGGUCAGUAUACGGACCUGAUCCGCAUGUUUGAGAUGUGCGGCUUCCCGCCCUCGGCCAACUUCCUCUUCUUGGGCGAUUAUGUCGACCGUGGCAAGCAGUCGCUCGAGACCAUACUGCUUCUGCUCUGCUACAAGCUCAAGUACCCCGAGAACUUCUUCCUGCUGCGCGGCAACCACGAGUGCGCCAACGUGACCCGCGUCUACGGCUUCUACGACGAGUGCAAGCGCCGUUGCAACGUCAAGGUGUGGAAGACCUUUGUCGACACCUUCAACACCCUUCCCAUCGCUGCCAUCGUGGCCGGCAAGAUCUUCUGUGUCCACGGCGGCCUCUCGCCCACGUUGAGCCAUAUGGACGACAUCCGCAACAUUGCGCGCCCCACCGACGUCCCGGACUACGGCCUCCUCAACGACCUGCUGUGGUCUGACCCGGCCGACAUGGAACAAGAUUGGGAAGCCAACGAACGUGGAGUUAGCUACUGCUUUGGCAAAAAGGUCAUCACCGAGUUCCUUGCCCACCAUGAUUUCGAUCUCGUAUGCCGAGCCCACAUGGUUGUAGAAGACGGCUACGAGUUCUUCAAUGAUCGUGUGCUGGUGACCGUCUUCAGUGCACCAAACUAUUGUGGCGAAUUUGACAAUUGGGGCGCCGUCAUGUCCGUGUCAUCCGAACUUCUGUGCAGCUUCGAGCUGCUCAAGCCUCUGGACUCCAACGCUCUGAAGAGCCACAUUAAGAAGGGCAGAAACAAGCGUCAACACAUGCUCAACAGCCCGUAUCCGCGAUGAUCUACAGCCCGCGAGCGUCUACCCCCAAAGUGUAUAAUCACCACGUGAGAGUUAUGGUGCAAGAUUGUGUGUCACGAGAUGUGGCGGAAGCAACAAGUCUGGACUGGAGAGCAGCAGCGUUUUCCCGAAAGCUUUAUCAGCACAUGGGUCGGACGUGCUGUCUCGUUCACGCCUCUCGGCACGUCCUCGGAGAAUCACCCGACUACGAAAACACGGCAACGGGAAGCAAACGCAUUUGGAAAACCUGAGGAGUGUGGUAAAAAGAAAAAGGCGAAAAAAAAAGAACGAAAAAAGAAGAGGGAUAAACAAGUAAUCGGAAUGGACAUGGCGCCUUGGGUCAAAGAUUCGAGUCAGCUGGUCGACUCCAACCUGGUCGAUCCCACGAGUCGAUUCGCGGAACCGAAUCGACAUCCCGGAGAGCUGUCUGCUCUCGUCCUCCCCGGCGUGAAAACUGCGGGAGGCUCGAAGCGACUAUCGCUCUUCAGCAGUCCCAGGGAAGCUGGGGUGCUGUAAGGAAAGUCUUGUGGGUGAGACAGGGAAGGUAGUUUGAUUGUAUUCUACACAAGGAAGCAGCCGCUGAGCGCGUGAUCCUAACCCGCGCUUUGGGUAGGGGGAGAGAGAGAGAGAGGAGAGACUAGACACAGCAGACGGAGUGAGAGGCGAAGUGUGUUAUGGUUUCGGCCUUAUUUUCAAGGAGUCAAAAGGAAAUGGGGAAAGGGAACGGCGUCCAGGUUCUGUCAAUUUCACGAAGCACCUGGUUGAAAGAUACCAGGUGGGAGACGUACAGGUGAGCACUUUGUUGUUUUGUACGGAGUUUCGAUCCGUCUCGGCUCGCGCCGGCGGAGCGGAAGCGGGGCACAGGCGGAGAAGAAUGAAGGAAUCAAGAGACAAAGGGGAGGAGACGAGGCGAGAAAGCAGAAAAACUCGGGCAGCCGCCGAUAAUAAACUGGAAAAUGUUGGAAGCUAACAAAAGACGUUCAUUGGGAGGUGCCAAGCGAGCUAGUCGGUUGUGGUACGUCUUGCAUGGUUGAUCACCGCUUGGGAUACCGAGGCACCUACCUAGCUGGUUAGGUGGUGGUGAAGUCCUUACCGGCAAUAGGCUGGUCUAUUAUUUGCUCGUAUUGAAGAUACGAUAACGUGGUCAUGAUGAGGGCAAACCAUUGCGCGACAAUCAAGAUUAAGAUACUGGUGAACUCACGACCUCCGUCUUCGCCGGCCGCCCAGAUACAUGAGAAAAAGAAAAGCCCGCCCGUAACAAAUAUACACCAAAUAUCGUUUUUGGUUGCCCACCCGCUGGUCUAUGUGAGAGAAAGCAA